AUGCAAAACGAUCCAAGCCUCAAAGUGUCGCUGUUCAAUUCUCGCACAUUAACUUCAUCCGAUUUACCUAGUAUUGAACGGUGUUUCCGGUUCCUCUUCUACGCCGCCGUCGUGCUUCUGUGGGGUGCUAGCGUGUUGAACGGGACGAUCAAGGCCCUCCUUGUAGCAGCAUGGGUUGGACAUCUUGAGAAUGGUAUUCCGCUAAAGACAGCUUACACGGGUCUCUUUCUUCUAGAUUACCCGUUGUCAGUCUUGGUGGCAUUUUUCUUUCAUGGGACGAGUGGUCGGGACGAAGGGUAUUCUAUCUUCCUCUUUGAUCUUUACAUAACCCUUCAACUGGGUUACCUGUGGUUAUAUGCGGAGUCUAUCCGACCGGGGAAAAAGCCGAUAUGGGUUCAAAACCCUAUUUACAUCGCGCUUCUAUGGCAAGCCUGUGGCGGCGCUGUAGCCAUGCCCCUUUAUUUUGGUGUCUACACCUCCUGGGCUUCGCGGAUUAAACCCGCACAGAUCAUGGAUAUCCACAAAGCUCGGGCUCUACCAGUGACAUUUGCAUUAGGUGCUGUUGCUCCUAUGCUAUUCCUUAUGGCACCGACGUGGCUUGGUCCAGAGGUCCGUUCCCCAACCACACAACAGUUGAUAAUCGCCGUCUUCCAACCUUCUCCGAUCCUUGCCUCCCUUUUAACUAGCUUAGUUUCGCGUGCAUCUGCAUAUUUAAGCGGCGCACAGAAUAUCACCCCGAAAAUUGAGAGCCACGACAACGAAGCUAGCAGCUGGAUCCAGCGAGCGUACCUCAUUGGUGCCGCCGCCUCAAUCGUCGGUCAUUUCUACGUACUUACCAGGAUUUUCAUCGCAGUUGACUCAAAUUUUGUAAACACUACGCGUAUGUAUUUGCCAUUUCCAAUUUCUGGGCCGGCUCAUGUGACGGAUGUACUCGCGCGGGGGUCAUUCUUAUUUCUGAAGUGGGACAAUAUUAUUCUCGGGUUGGCAAAUUUAACUUGGGCCUUGGUCCUUCUGGGGAGAACUCCGACUAUAGGAAUAAUCUUGGCCUUUGCCAUGUGGUCUAUCGCGCUUGGGCCGGGUACUGUCGUUACGAUAGUAUUGUAUCUUCGAGAGAGUCGUUUACCAAGGGCGAAAGAUGAGAUUGAGAAGGGAGAGUAG